AUGUCCGGUCCUUACGAGCAAUACGGUCAGAACCAGAGUUACUACCAGGGUGGAUAUCCUCCCCAGCAAGGCUACGGCCAACCCGGCCAGUACGAUCAAUCCUACAACCACCAGCAAUACGGCCAACAGGAUUCGUACGGCCAGCAUGGCGGUUACGGGCAAGCACAGGACUAUUAUGGGCAGAACCCUCAGCACGGCCAGCAACACCAGUAUGCUCAGCAGUCUUAUGAGCGCUCCAACCAUGAACAGGGUGCGCCCGGCGAAGCUCAGGACGGUGAACGAGGUCUUGGUGGCGCAAUCGCCGGAGGUCUUGCUGGAGGAUUCGCUGGCCACAAGGCCAACCACGGCAUUCUCGGAACAAUCGGCGGGGCCAUUGUGGGCAGCAUCAUCGAGGACCAGGUGAAGAAGCACCACCACCACGGACACCAGGAACACCACGGCCACGGCCAUACUCAGCAGCAGGGUCCUUAUUCUUACGGGCAGCCUCAGGGAUCCAGCAGUGGAUUCGACUCGCUGAGCGGCGCCGCGAGCAGCUUCUUUGGCAAGAAAUAG